UUGAGUGGUGUAUUUCUAGUUUGCAGACAAAUGUUUUAUUUUCCACAAAAUUUUAAGUUUAUUUUUUUGUGCUCGUCCUUUUCAACCUUUAAAAUAACCCAUAAUCAUGUGGAAAUGCCAUAAGUGCGGAAAACCUGUUUAUUUUGCUGAAAGAAAACAAUCCCUGGGCUACAAUUGGCAUCCUGAAUGUUUGAGAUGUGAGGAGUGUGGAAAGAGAUUAAAUCCUGGACAACAUGCAGAACACAAAGGAGUGCCAUAUUGCCAUGUUCCAUGUUAUGGAGCACUAUUUGGUCCACAGUUAUUUGGACAUGGGACAAGGGUGGAGUCCCAUAAAAGUUUUGGGCAACCAAAUCAAUCACCUAAAAUGUCAAAUGGGCCAAAUCUACCCAGGGACCAGUUAGAAUCUAAAAUUAAGGUUUAUAACCAGUUCUAUGAAGGAAAAAGUGGAGAAAUACGUUGUCGUGAAGUAAACAGUAGAUUUAUUUUGGAGGGGCCAUUGCGCAUUUAUUGGGGUGUCCAUGGUGUGAUUCAUUUAAAAGAAAAUGAUGAUCAACGUACAGUUAUCGUCAGGAAACGAAACUCAGUACGCACUUCUAGUCCCGAAUUCGAUACUGAUGAUGAAAUACAAAACAUAUCAAGAGAUACUAGUUGCAAUGAUAUUUCAACAUGUUCAUCGAAUACAAGCUUUGAUAUUAGCAGAUCAGAUACAGGAAUCGAAAGCGGUACCGAUUCAUCAAUAACUCCCGAGAACAGUCCCACAACGCCACCACAUGAACCUCUUCCAAAAAGUGUAACGUUGCCUUCGAAAUUGGAUGUCAAAAAUUUGGAAUGGGAUGAGUUUGAUGAGCUUUUGCAGGUGGAGAGAAAGUAUAAUGAAUCUGACAAAAUGUAUCAGACAAUGCCAGUGCCUCUGCCAUCACAAUCUAGUAUAGACUCAAACUGCUCUUCAUAUAGCAAUAGUACCAGUACAAAAACAGAUAAUACGUCUGACGAAAGUAAUGAUAUUACGACCACUGAAGACACCAAGACUCUCGUGCCUACGACUGACAACGGCACAAACACUGACAAUACUGAAAAUCUUCCAUUACUGAAUAGGUCUCUCAGCAAAGAUGACAGUUGGUUACUGAAUAGUAAUCAUCUGAAUCGCUCUAGAUCUGGGCCAGACUGCCUUGGCAGAGUUCGAGAUAUGCAGUCUCCCGAAUUUGAUAGUUCCUCAAUAGCAAGCACAGCUGACUUUUCCACAAUGUCAGAGCAGCCGGAAGUGGUCAUACGACGACCAGUAAAGACCGGCUCAACCGCAAUCCGAAGACGACCAGGCAAGAGACUUUCACGUAGUAAAGUCAAAAGGCGCUGUUCAAUCAACGGCCAUUUCUACGAUCGGGAGACCAGUUUCUUCACUCCGCCGUACGGUAGUCAAAUGAGUGUCUGGGUUACAUCUCUUGUGAACUCGCAGGAGGUGAUCAACCUGAUGCUGGAAAAAUACAAGGUGGAGAGCGAUCCGAACCACUUUGCGUUAUUUGUGGUACGGGACAAUGGAGAACAACGUAGACUUAAAGACGACGACUACCCUUUAUUAUCACGUGUGCUUUUGGGACCGCAUGAGGACGUCGCUAAAUUAUAUGUGAUGGAUGGACACACCACCCCAGAAGUAAGCAGUGAAGUAGCUCAGUUCUUGAAUCUGUCACUUGUCGAAUGCCGUGCCAUUCUUAACCAGUUCAGUGCCCUAGAAGAACGAGAGGUUGCUAGAAUUAAGGAAAAAUACACCGAAAUGAAACGAAGAAUCGGACUACGAAUUCAAGAAAUGCGAGCCUAAAUAAGAUAUUUAGGAACUUUUAGAUAUAUGUAAUAUUAUUAACUUUUAUAUACCUUUUUUACAACAUUUUUCAUGUUUUGAAUACUAUUUCUAAUGUAUUUUGUUUACAUAUAUUGUUAUAUCUGUUUCAUUAAUGCUUGUUGCUUUUAACCAUUUUAAUUGUAUUUAAAUGUUUAACAUAUAUGUACUAUCGCCCGUUUUUAACAUAAAGCUGUAUUUAUAAGUAGCAAUUUCUGACCUUUAGCUAAAUUAUGUAAAGGUAAAGUCAAAAAAGAAUAUCACUGCAUUAUUUAUAAAAAGUUUAUGAAACUUUUUGUUGCUAUUAUUUAUUAUGUGUAUAAAUAAAUGGAUUUAUAAGUCAAUUAUUAAUUUCACGAAUGUUCCUAGUUUAUCUUAAUAAGAUAAUUUUAAAAUAAAAUUUUUUAUUACAUACUUUUACAUAUUAAAGCACUUGAAAAUAUAUGCAGUGAAUUCUAAUUGGUUUGAUCUAUGUACCUCAAAGUUAGUGGAUAUUUACUUGUGAUAGAAAAUAUUGAAAGUGGUAUAUGAAGAUAUUAAAUAAUAAAUUAAAGAACAUGACUUGUACGAGAAUAAUUCUGAAGACUGCAGAAAAAUAGGAUUACUAACAUUAAAUUUAGAUUUUAUUA